UGCAACAUCUAGCCAGUCAAUGCGGCCAACGUGCAGGAAUGAACUACAGGAUCAGUUCAUGUGGACUGGCGUGCAGCUAAUGUAACCCUACUUUUUAAGAAAGGAUGCUGAGAGAAAACUGGGAAUUAUAGUCCACUUGUCUUGACAUCGGUAGCGGGGAACAUGCUUGAGUGAAUUAUUAGAGAUGUAAUAGCAACGCAUUCGGAAAGCAGUGACAGGAUCGGUCAAAGUCAGCAUGGAUUUAAAAGGGGAAAUCAUGCUUGACUAAUUUAUUGAGGAUAUAACACGCAGAAUGGAUAAGGGAGAGAUAGUGGAUGUGGUAUAUCUGGAUAUUAAAAAAAAAAACGCCUUUGCAAAGUCCCACACACGAGAUUAGCGUGCAAAAUUUGAGCACAUGGUAUUGCGACUAAGGUAUUGUUAUGGCUAGAGAACAGGUUGGCACAGAACACGCAAAGAGUAGAGUUUAACGGGUCCUUUUCGGAAUGGCAGGCAGUGGGGUAACGCAAGGUUCAGUGCUGAGACCCACUUUAUUUACAAUAUAUAUUGACGACUUAGACGAAGGAAUUAAAUGUCACAUCUCGAAGUAUGCGGAUGACAAAAAGCUGGGUGGCAGUUUGAGAUACCAGGAAGAUGCUAUGGGGAUGCACGGUGACUUGGAUAGGUUCAGUUGGUGGGCAGAUGCAUGACAGAUGAUGAUUAAAAAAAUGCAUUCUUUUGCGUAGUGAUCGAGAUAGAGGAGUCUCACUUUCAAACAUCUCUUUCAGCUGUGGGACCGUUGUUUCCGUUGCUUUGACGACAAUUAUCUUCAAUUGUGAUGGAUUCAUCGGUCGAUAUGUGAACAUUUUCUUGCCGGGACAGGAUAAAAUCUUGACCUUGUGCGAGGUUGAGGUCUUUACUUCAAUACUUCCUACCAUCGAUACCUUGUUAAAACCGAAGACGUAUCCCCCUUCCGCACACGAAAGGGAAAAGCUAACCACCACCAAUACCCCAUCACUAAAGGGAAAGAAACAGCCGCCUUCAUUUGGAAAGGAAACGACGCCCCAGUCAACAAAGGGAACGAAAAUACCGUCCAUACCUGGAACGACUAUCCAGCCAAGAACCGGAAAAAAAGGUACGUUGCUAUUGGGAGCGAAUCUACCAUUGGGAACUGGAACAGGUAGACUCAUCGCUUCGCCAAGACGUGGAGACAUUCUCAGCCACAAAAUAUAUCAGCCACUGAUACAAUUUCCGGACGGAGGGAAUCAUGUUAGACCGAGAUUUAGUCCCUUCCGGCUAAAACACAUCCCCCCUCGUCUCUUUCUCAAUGGCAUGACAUCUUAUUCUGAAUCUGUGCCCUCUGGUCCUAGAUUCCCCCACAACUGGGAACGUGCUCUCUACAUUCACACUAUCCAAGCUUUUCUAUGUCCGAUAAGAUUCAAUGAAAUCCCCAAUAAUCCAUUACUACUCCAGCGAAUACAGGGCCCGGAACAGUCGGUGGAUCUCCAUAUGUUACCGUAAUCAUCCCAGCGCUCACUCUCGUAAUCCCCCACUGGACCCUCCACAAUGCCAGCACAUCUCAGAUAUGGGGCCGAAAACCGUUCACAAUAUUACAAAUGCGCGCUGCCCAGUGCCUUUUACCCCCCUGCUUUAACAUUCUAGCUCUCUGGAUAUAAAUGCAAAUAAUGAAUUUGCCUUUCUUAACACCGGUUCAACUUGCAAAUAAACAUAUUGGGAAUCCAGCACCAGCACUCCCAAGUCCAUUUGCACACCCGAUUUCUGAAUCACAAAUAUGCCCUUCCUGAACAGAGCACUCGUCCUUGAUGAGUACCCUGUUCCUGCUUUUCCCCCCAAUAUCCCUUGAAUCCGUUAUACCUGAGAGCUAUAGCUUACAUUCACUUAAAUGCAUCUUGCCUUUCGGCUCAGUGAGAUGUUCCCUCUCCACAGAAAACGUGGCGUGGGGAGCAAGUCCGACCCAGUCCAGCACGGAAGAAGGGGCAGGCGCUGAAGGAGCCAUUGACGGGAACAGCGACAGCGACUUCUGGAAAGGUUCAUGCGCGCGCACCAGGAAAUCCAAGGACCCUUGGUGGAGAGUCGAUCUAAAAGAAAGCUAUUACGUGACAGAAGUAAGAAUCACCAACAGAGCAGACUGCUGCUCGGACCAGCUCCUAGGAGCAGAGCUCCGCAUCGGGGACUCGCUGGAAAACGAUGGCAAUUCCAACAGACUUUUGCGUAGUGAUCGAGAUAGAGGAGUCUCACUUUCAAACAUCUCUUUCAGCUGUGGGACCGUUGUUUCCGUUGCUUUGACGACAAUUAUCUUCAAUUGUGAUGGAUUCAUCGGUCGAUAUGUGAACAUUUUCUUGCCGGGACAGGAUAAAACCUUGACCUUGUGCGAGGUUGAGGUCUUUACUUCAAUACUUCCUACCAUCGAUACCUUGUUAAAACCGAAGACGUAUCCCCCUUCCGCACACGAAAGGGAAAAGCUAACCACCACCAAUACCCCUUCACUAAAGGGAAAGAAACAGCCGCCUUCAUUUGGAAAGGAAACGACGCCCCAGUCAACAAAGGGAACGAAAAUACCGUCCAUACCUGGAACGACUAUCCAGCCAAGAACCGGAAAAAAAGGUACGUUGCUAUUGGGAGCGAAUCUACCAUUGGGAACUAGAACAGGUAGACUCAUCGCUUCGCCAAGACGUGGAGACAUUCUCAGCCACAAAAUAUAUCAGCCACUGAUACAAUUUCCGGACGGAGGGAAUCAUGUUAGACCGAGAUUUAGUCCCUUCCGGCUAAAACACAUCCCCCCUCGUCUCUUUCUCAAUGGCAUGACAUCUUAUUCUGAAUCUGUGCCCUCUGGUCCUAGAUUCCCCCACAACUGGGAACGUGCUCUCUACAUUCACACUAUCCAAGCCUUUCAAUGUCCGAUAAGAUUCAAUGAAAUCCCCAAUAAUCCAUUACUGCUCCAGCGAAUACAGGUACCCUGUUCCUGCUUUUUCCCCCCAAUAUCCCUUGAAUCCGUUAUACCUGAGAGCUAUAGCUUACAUUCACUUAAAUGCAUCUUGCCUUUCGGCUCAGUGAGAUGUUCCCUCUCCACAGAAAACGUGGCGUGGGGAGCAAGUCCGACCCAGUCCAGCACGGAAGAAGGGGCAGGCGCUGAAGGAGCCAUUGACGGGAACAGCGACAGCGACUUCUGGAAAGGUUCAUGCGCGCGCACCAGGAAAUCCAAGGACCCUUGGUGGAGAGUCGAUCUAAAAGAAAGCUAUUACGUGACAGAUGUAAGAAUCACCAACAGAGCAGACUGCUGCUCGGACCAGCUCCUAGGAGCAGAGCUCCGCAUCGGGGACUCGCUGGAAAACGAUGGCAAUUCCAACAGACUUCAGAUGAUGAUUAAAAAAUGCUUUCUUUUGCGUAGUGAUCGAGAUAGAGGAGUCUCACUUUCAAACAUCUCUUUCAGCUGUGGGACCGUUGUUUCCGUUGCUUUGACGACAAUUAUCUUCAAUUGUGAUGGAUUCAUCGGUCGAUAUGUGAACAUUUUCUUGCCGGGACAGGAUAAAAUCUUGACCUUGUGCGAGGUUGAGGUCUUUACUUCAAUACUUCCUACCAUCGAUACCUUGUUAAAACCGAAGACGUAUCCCCCUUCCGCACACGAAAGGGAAAAGCUAACCACCACCAAUACCCCUUCACUAAAGGGAAAGAAACAGCCGCCUUCAUUUGGAAAGGAAACGACGCCCCAGUCAACAAAGGGAACGAAAAUACCGUCCAUACCUGGAACGACUAUCCAGCCAAGAACCGGAAAAAAAGGUACGUUGCUAUUGGGAGCGAAUCUACCAUUGGGAACUGGAACAGGUAGACUCAUCGCUUCGCCAAGACGUGGAGACAUUCUCAGCCACAAAAUAUAUCAGCCACUGAUACAAUUUCCGGACGGAGGGAAUCAUGUUAGACCGAGAUUUAGUCCCUACCGGCUAAAACACAUCCCCCCUCGUCUCUUUCUCAAUGGCAUGACAUCUUAUUCUGAAUCUGUGCCCUCUGGUCCUAGAUUCCCCCACAACUGGGAACGUGCUCUCUACAUUCACACUAUCCAAGCCUUUCAAUGUCCGAUAAGAUUCAAUGAAAUCCCCAAUAAUCCAUUACUGCUCCAGCGAAUACAGGGCACGGAACAGUCAGUGGAUCUCCAUAUGUUACCCUCUCUGGAUAUAAAUGCAAAUAAUGAAUUUGCCUUUCUUAACACCGAGCACUCGUCCUUGAUGAGUACCCUGUUCCUGCUUUUUCCCCCAAUAUCCCUUGAAUCCGUUAUACCCGAGAGCUAUAGCUUACUUUCACUUAAAUGCAUCUUGCCUUUCGGCUCAGUGAGAUGUUCCCUCUCCACAGAAAACGUGGCGGGGGGAGCAAGUCCGACCCAGUCCAGCACGGAAGAAGGGGCAGGCGCUGAAGGAGCCAUUGACGGGAACAGCGACAGCGACUUCUGGAAAGGUUCAUGCGCGCGCACCAGGAAAUCCAAGGACCCUUGGUGGAGAGUCGAUCUAAAAGAAAGCUAUUACGUGACAGAUGUAAGAAUCACCAACAGAGCAGACUGCUGCUCGGACCAGCUCCUAGGAGCAGAGCUCCGCAUCGGGGACUCGCUGGAAAACGAUGGCAAUUCCAACAGACUGUGCAGGAAGAGGCCAUUCGGCCCUUCGAGCCAGCACCGUAUCUUCAAUUGUGAUGGAUUCAUCGGUCGAUAUGUGAACAUUUUCUUGCCGGGACAGGAUAAAAUCUUGACCUUGUGCGAGGUUGAGGUCUUUACUUCAAUACUUCCUACCAUCGAUACCUUGUUAAAACCGAAGACGUAUCCCCCUUCCGCACACGAAAGGGAAAAGCUAACCACCACCAAUACCCCUUCACUAAAGGGAAAGAAACAGCCGCCUUCAUUUGGAAAGGAAACGACGCCCCAGUCAACAAAGGGAACGAAAAUACCGUCCAUACCUGGAACGACUAUCCAGCCAAGAACCGGAAAAAAAGGUACGUUGCUAUUGGGAGCGAAUCUACCAUUGGGAACUGGAACAGGUAGACUCAUCGCUUCGCCAAGACGUGGAGACAUUCUCAGCCACAAAAUAUAUCAGCCACUGAUACAAUUUCCGGACGGAGGGAAUCAUGUUAGACCGAGAUUUAGUCCCUUCCGGCUAAAACACAUCCCCCCUCGUCUCUUUCUCAAUGGCAUGACAUCUUAUUCUGAAUCUGUGCCCUCUGGUCCUAGAUUCCCCCACAACUGGGAACGUGCUCUCUACAUUCACACUAUCCAAGCCUUUCAAUGUCCGAUGAGAUUCAAUGAAAUCCCCAAUAAUCCAUUACUGCUCCAGCGAAUACAGGGCCCGGAACAGUCAGUGGAGCACUCGUCCUUGAUGAGUACCCUGUUCCUGCUUUUCCCCCCAAUAUCCCUUGAAUCCGUUAUACCUGAGAGCUAUAGCUUACUUUCACUUAAAUGCAUCUUGCCUUUCGGCUCAGUGAGAUGUUCCCUCUCCACAGAAAACGUGGCGUGGGGAGCAAGUCCGACCCAGUCCAGCACGGAAGAAGGGGCAGGCGCUGAAGGAGCCAUUGACGGGAACAGCGACAGCGACUUCUGGAAAGGUUCAUGCGCGCGCACCAGGAAAUCCAAGGACCCUUGGUGGAGAGUCGAUCUAAAAGAAAGCUAUUACGUGACAGAUGUAAGAAUCACCAACAGAGCAGACUGCUGCUCGGACCAGCUCCUAGGAGCAGAGCUCCGCAUCGGGGACUCGCUGGAAAACGAUGGCAAUUCCAACAGACUGUAAGUGUUCUUAAGCAAUCGCCGACUCAAGUCACAAGCGUUGACUUCUUCUGAAAUUUUCGCUGUUACUGGAGCAAUGGUAAUAUCAGUGGGAAAAAGAUAGUUGCUGCAGGAUAACAAUGAUCUCACUGCACUUCAAAUUAAAAUUAUUCUCCGCUGAUCCAUGGAAACAUUGAAACCUAGAAAAUAGGUGCAGGAGAAGACCAUUCGCCCCUUCGAGCUUGCACAGCCAUUCGUUGUGAUCAUGGCUGAUCGUCCCCUAUAAAUAACUCGUGUCUACCUUCUCCCCCUAGAUUCCACUGGCCCCUAGAGCUCUAUCUAAGUCCAGAUGCGAGAGAAAAUGAUUCAGAGCCGUAGUCCAGUUAUCCAAUGACACGAGCCUUUAUCGCACCUCAAUAGCAGUGGGGUCAUAGAAACAUAGAAACAUAGGUGCAGGAAGAGGCCAUUGGGCCCUUCGAGCCAGCACCGCCAUUCGUUGUGAUCAUGGCUGAUCGUCCGCUAUCAAUCACCCGUGCCUGCCUUCUCCACAUAUCCCUUGACUACACUAGCCCCCAGAGCUCCACCUAACGUUCUCUUAAAUCCAUCCAGUGAUUUGGCCUCCACUGCGCUCUGUGGCAGGGAAUUCCAUCAAUUCACAACUCUCUGGGUGAAAACGUGUUUUCUCACCUCAGUCUUGAAUUACCUCCCCUUUAUUCUAAGAUUGUGGCCCCUGGUUCUAGACUCGCCCAACAUUGGGAACAGUUUCCCUGCAUCUAGCUAGCCCAAUCCUUUUAGAACUUUAUAUGUUUCUAUAUGAUCCCCCUCCUCCUUCUAAAUUCCACUGAAUACAAUCCUAAUCAUUUUAAUCAAUCCUCGCAUGACAGUCCCGCCUUCCCAGGGAUCAAUUUCGUGAACCUAUGCUGCACCGCCUCAAUCACAAGGAUGUCCUUCCUCAAAUUAGGAGACCAAAACGGCA